AUGGAAAAUUCCUUCUUGCGCUCUCCAUCGGAGGUGCUGAACCACUUCAAUGUUUCAGAGCGCAGCGGAUUAUCCAGCGAUGCGGUCCUCAAGUCCCGGAAGCAGCAUGGUCCCAAUGCCCUCGCUGAAGAACCCCCAACCCCGAUGUGGGAGCUGAUCCUGGAGCAAUUCAAGGAUCAGCUUGUUCUUAUCUUGCUUGGCUCCGCUGCCGUGUCCUUCGUCCUGGCUCUCUUCGAAGAAGGUGAUGACUGGACUGCGUUUGUGGAUCCGCUUGUGAUCCUGACCAUUCUGAUCCUCAACGCGGUGGUGGGUGUGACCCAGGAAAGCAGUGCGGAGAAGGCGAUUGCGGCUCUGCAGGAAUAUUCGGCCAACGAGGCCAAGGUUGUGCGUGAUGGCAAGACGACCAAGAUCAAGUCGGAGGAUUUAGUUCCUGGUGAUGUGAUUGACAUCGCUGUCGGUGACCGUGUCCCCGCUGACUGCCGCCUCCUCUCUAUCCACAGCAACAGCUUCCGUGUUGACCAGGCAAUCUUGACUGGCGAGAGCGAGAGUGUUGGAAAAGACACUCGGGCCAUCAAGGACAACCAAGCUGUCAAGCAGGACCAAAUCAACAUGCUCUUCUCCGGUACUACCGUGGUCAAUGGCCAUGCGACUGCCAUUGUUGUACUGACCGGUGGCUCAACUGCCAUCGGUGACAUCCACGACAGCAUUACCUCUCAAAUCUCAGAGCCCACCCCGUUGAAGCAGAAGCUGAACGACUUCGGUGAUAUGUUGGCCAAGGUCAUUACCAUUAUCUGUGUUCUGGUCUGGGUUAUCAACAUCGAGCACUUCAAUGAUCCUUCCUUCGGCGGUUGGACCAAGGGUGCCAUCUACUACCUGAAGAUUGCCGUCUCCCUCGGUGUGGCUGCCAUUCCCGAGGGUCUUGCCGUUGUUAUCACUACCUGUCUCGCCCUGGGAACCCGCAAGAUGGCCCAGAAGAACGCCGUUGUUCGCUCUCUGCCUUCCGUAGAAACACUGGGCAGCUGCAGCGUGAUCUGCUCUGACAAGACCGGAACUUUGACAACCAACCAGAUGAGCGUGGAAAAGAUCGUCUACCUGUCUAGCUCCGGCAAGGCUCUCGAGGAGAUCGAUGUUGAGGGCACUACUUUCGCGCCUGUCGGCAACAUCUCUCGCGAUGGCAAGGUUGUGGAGGGUCUGGCCGCUUCUUCCUCCACCGUGAGACAGCUGGCUGAGGUUACUGCUCGUUGCAACGCCGCGAAGCUCUCGCACGACCCCAAGACUGGUCAAUUUGCUAGCAUCGGAGAGCCCACCGAGGGUGCCCUCCGCGCGCUGGUCGAGAAGAUCGGCACCGAGGACGUUUCCGCUAACAAGAAGAUCUUCUCCAUGGCUGCCCAUGAGAGAAUGCACAAGGUCAGCGAGCACUACGAAAACCGUCUGGCUCUGGAGGCUACCUACGAGUUCUCGCGUGAUCGCAAGAGUAUGUCGGUUCUUGUUCGCGAGGGCAAGGAGCAGAAGCUGCUGGUGAAGGGUGCCCCCGAGACCAUCCUGGACCGCUGCACUCACGUCCUGCAGGGUGCCGACGGAUCGAAGGUUACUCUCACUCAGGCCCAAAAGAAGCUGCUUUCCAACGAAGUUGUUGAAUAUGGUAACCGUGGACUCCGUGUGAUGGCCCUUGCUAGCCGCGACGUCAAUGAGAAGGACAGCGUCCUUCACAAUGCUACCUCUUCCGAGGACUACCUUAAGCUUGAGCAGAAGUUGACUCUCAUUGGUCUUGUUGGUAUGCUGGAUCCCCCGCGUCCUGAGGUAGCUGCCUCCAUCCAGAAGUGCCACGAUGCUGGUAUCCGCGUGAUUGUGAUCACUGGUGACAACCAGAACACUGCUGAAUCCAUCUGCCGCUCCAUUGGCGUCUUUGGCGCCGAUGAAGAUCUCACCGGCAAGAGUUUCACUGGCCGCGAAUUCGACGAUCUCAGCGAGGCUGAGAAGCUCAAGGCUGUCCAGACUGCUUCCCUGUUCUCUCGUACCGAGCCCAGCCACAAGUCGAAGCUGGUUGAUCUGCUCCAGUCUCUGAACCACGUUGUUGCCAUGACCGGUGACGGUGUCAACGAUGCUCCCGCCCUGAAGAAGUCCGAUAUUGGUGUUGCUAUGGGUACUGGUACUGAUGUCGCCAAGCUGGCGGCUGACAUGGUUCUGGCCGAUGACAACUUCGCUACCAUCACGGUCGCGGUUGAGGAAGGUCGCUCCAUUUACAGCAAUACUCAGCAGUUCAUCCGUUACCUGAUCUCCUCCAACAUCGGAGAGGUCGUUUCGAUCUUCCUGACUGCCGCCCUGGGCAUGCCCGAAGCUCUGAUUCCCGUUCAGCUGCUCUGGGUCAACCUGGUUACCGACGGUCUCCCUGCCACCGCUCUGUCCUUCAAUCCCCCGGACCACGAUGUCAUGCGCCGCGCUCCUCGCCGCCGCGACGAGGCUCUUGUCGGUGGCUGGUUGUUGUUCCGUUACAUGGUCAUUGGAAUUUACGUCGGUGCCGCCACCGUCUUCGGAUACGUCUGGUGGUUCCUGUAUAACCCCAAUGGUCCCCAGAUCACUUUCUGGCAGAUCUCGCACUACCACCGCUGCUCGGCCCAGUUCCCCGAGAUCGGCUGCGAGAUGUUCAGCAACGAUAUGGCCAAGUCCGCCUCUACCGUCUCUCUCUCCAUCCUCGUGGUGAUCGAGAUGCUGAAUGCCAUGAAUGCCCUGUCCUCCAGCGAGUCCCUCUUCACCUUCUUCCUAGGCAACAACCCUAUGCUGGUAUACGCCAUCGCCCUCUCGAUGGCUCUCCACUUCGCGAUUCUCUACAUUCCCUUCCUGCAGACUCUCUUCUCCAUCCUGCCCUUGGACUGGGUUGAGUGGCAGGCCGUGUUGGCUAUCAGUGCCCCUGUGAUUCUCAUUGAUGAAGCCCUCAAAUACAUGGAACGCCGUCUGUACAACAACAAGGUUGCCGAUACCUUUACUACGCAGAACGGCAGUGCCAAGCCGAAACGCGCGUAA